AUGUCUUUCCUUCAUGGUGUUUUAGAUAACAUUAAGCCUAAAUUAGGCUUGCAUAGUCAUCACAUUAAUGAAGCUGUAAGCCUUCUUGAAGCCAAUAAACACUCUGGUAAAGACGGUUUUAAUACUGCGAUUAAAGCAGUGGUCAAGGGGGUGAAGGGGUAUAAUGAGGGUGUCAAGAAAUCCAAUCAGGAAGUUAAAUCUGCAGUAGAAGCUUUACAAAAUAAGGACAAGUUUGAUGAGAGGACGAAGCAGAAGAUGGAGCACAGUGCUCAAGAAAUCAAGUCGGCGGAGACUCUCAUCGGUGGAAAACUGGAGGACUGCGAGAUAAACGCUUCGGCGUUUGUAGAUUCACUUAGCAGACAUAGCGAAACUAUUGAUAAUUUUAAUAAUACUUUAUGUAAUAGAGUGCGUGGCGUAAUUAGUAGUGUAGAACAUGAGAAAGUGCGACUGCAUGACGUGGCGGCGAAGGAGAAAGACAUCUUAACGGCGGCGACGGACAAGAUUGGUGAUGCAUUGAACAAACUGAAAUGUAGCGUUAACGAUAAGAUUAAAGUAGACGUUGGGAAGCUUGUCAAAGAGGUGAAGGAGGCCUUAAAGCCGAUAUUGGCGGAUCUUAAAAACAUUGGAAAUUUGCUUAAGGGAUAUAUUAACGAUUUGACGGAGUGGAUUGCUAAGGCUGAGAAAGCUGUGGAAGAAUCGUUCAAGCUUGUGCAGGAGAUAUUAGAUGCUGUUAGAGAAGACUCUACGUUCAACAAUGUCAAGGACAUAAAGGGGGCGGCCCAGAAGAUUACGCAAAAAGCCGAACAGCUUCAGGGGAUUGCGACCUUUGGCAAAACGGAAGUCGACACAUUAGUCAAAAAAGCCCUCACGGCCGUGAAAGCGAUGGACGGGCAGCUGAAGCAGGAUUUGUUUGGGGUGAGGGGGGAGAUAAAAAGUAAGGUGGAUGCUAUUACGGAGAGGAUUGGGGCGCUGUAUGGAGUUGUUAAAUACGGUGAUGUGAAUGGUGUGGGAGGGGAACAAAAAUUGAUUGCAGAAGUUAUGAAGACAAUUCUUACGAAGGUUGCGGAGAUUAAAAAUCCGCCAAAUGGCCUGGAGGGAAUUGUUGGUGAUCAAGGCACGUAUAAUACUAAUAUCGUCACACCCCUUACUCAACUAAACUCCAAAGCCCUUGAACUUACCAAAGAGUUCAUCGACGCGCAGGCGGCGGAGCUGGAAGAAAAGAUAGAGAGGCAGCUGGAGAGCAUGCCGGCAGACAUACACGCACAGCAUAAUUCCGAUUUCGGACGGUUUAAGAGUGAAAUUGCUGAGCUAAAAAUCCAAUCUAAUUUGCAGCUUAGCAUCAGCGGUGAACAGAAUAUCGAACAUCGUCAGAGUCAAAUUGAGGCAAGAAAGCUUCGGUUGAGUGAGGUGCGUAGAAGCAUUGUAUCUGCAAUAAAUAGCGCAAACGAUGCUUGGCAGCGCAAGAUACAUGCUGUAUUGUCGCCGUUGCAUUCCAAAGUGAACACUAUACAAACCCUUCAGGCCACUGACGUUAAAUCUGUACUAGACACAGUUUGUCAACAAAUUAAUGAGCUAAUUAAACUUGCCAAAUGCGUUAGUGAUGAGCAGUGGAAAGGUGCUAGAACUGACUGGAACAAUUUUAAACAGUAUGUUGAUCCGCUCAAGCUCCAGGUGGACCAAUAUGUUGAGGAAUAUAGGCAAUCCGGGAAUCAGCAUGUACGUUAUGCAGCGCAAUUGUCUCAGCAGUUGUCUUCAGAGUUAGUACGCCAAGUCCAUGGUGUUGUCCCCGGUGCUUACCAAUGCGCUAACAGAAUCUCUGGUCAUCUUCAAGGUGUCAUCGCUUCCCAAAAGGCCAACCAACCACAAAGUCACGGCCGCGGAUUGCCGACUUGGCCACAACAACAUUACCGUAGUGCCUACGGCGGCUAUAACAGUUACGCCGGAGGACAGUAUCAACCUUACGCCCAACAGCUGUCUCUAACCGAUGCAAACAACGCGCCCACACUCGAGACUCUCCUCAAGAACUUCGAGACUCAAGUCAAAGAGCAACUUAAAACAUUAACUACUAAUGUCGGCUUGAAAGCCGAGCCAGGCAGCGUCCACGCUCAAUUGGACGCCGUUAAGAAGAACGUUGACGACCUGAACAGUAAGCUUGACACGGCGUCUAACUCCGCCCCCCAACCAGGCACCGCCCAAGCCGUCGACGACGCGAUCACGCAGGUGACGACCACGCUCGACGCGCAACUGCCGGAUGGCGACGGUGAAAAAGUUAGCAUUAAAAAUGCCACAGGCAAUAGUUUCCCGCUUUACAAAACUCACGUCAAACAAGAAAACAUUGACUCACUCAGUGGCGACAACAUCGAACAGCUUGCAGGCGCCCUUCCAGACAAGAUCAAGGAAAUCAGGACGCAGGUGACCGGCACUCUGUCUGGGAUCGAUCCUCUCAAAAGCGCAAUUGACACUAGUGUCAGAGAAAUAACUACCAAAUUUAGUGAACUGUGCGAAAAAGUUAGAAGAGCGGCGGCUGCGGGGGAGGAUAAGGGUCAAGUGGAUGACACUCUCAGAGGACGGCUAAACGACCUGAAGCAGAAGAUUGGCUUGAAUAACUCCAAGGAAGGUACGCUUAAAAAACUAUUACAACAACUUGACGAGCUCCACACCAGUCUUGUGAAGGGUCCCAUCUUUAAGCUCAAUCAUUUCCUAGAUACGCACGCCGACAAAAUGCUCGACGUGCACGUGAAAUCACUUCACAAACAGGUCACCAACACAGUCGAAGACACCAAAGCGUUGCUCACCACCCAGGCGAAAAAGGACUACGUGACCGCCAUGCAGCUCCUCAUCCAGCAGUUCGCCGAGAGGGUUAGGAGCGACUUGAAUGGACUGCCUCAAGCAAUUAGUGACGAUUUAGAACAAGGACACAAAGGCUUUAUGGCGAAAUUGCAUGAGCAAUUUCUGAAUCGCUUUAACACUUAUCUCAGAACCUAUAACCUAGAGAGCAGAACAUUAAGAGAUAUCGCCGGUACAGUAUGUUACCAGUUUAGCGAUUUCAUGGAGGCAUUAUACAAGCAGGAAGAUUUCACAAACAAUCGCAUAUAUGUUGAGCCUUCCAGGAAGGCAUUGCAGACGUUGCUUACGCAUCUUGCCAAUUCACAGCACUUCGACCGCAUUUUCACUGACAACCUUAAAAACUUAAGAGGCACCUUUAAUUACUUCGCACCUAAGAGAUUCCACACGCCAAACAGCACGUUGAUAGAUCCCUUGAGAGAGGGAAUUAGAAGCCUGGCCAAAGAGGUGGGCUACGGAUACGUCAACACGUACUCCGGUGAGAAGCCUAUAGAUGGCUGGGUGACCAAGGUCACUGACGCCAAGGCAUCAGAGCCGAAAACCAAAUUAACUGAUGAAGGCAAAAAUUGCGCGAAGGUAUGCCUUACCGUAUUUUACACCCUAAACUCCACCUUGCAGGAAAUGAAGCAGAAUUGCGGCAGCAAUUGGCGUGGAGACAGUGUUACUAAAUCCACAAAGCUCGGACAGUUCCUGGCCGACCAAGGGUAUGACGUAUCUGACGCAGGCAAGCAGAAUGGCGAAAUAGACAUGGAGCUGAGAGGUGGGCAAGUUAAUAAAUUCCUUGUAGGCUCCGACAAUAAACACGUCUACAAAGCCGAUGGAACUAUAAGCACACUGACAACGCUGUACGAUUAUCUUGAAACAUAUAAUCACGCUUGCCACCUCCGCCACGUAGACGGCGCGAAAGCGCCACUUAGUGUAUUCCAUAUGCUCUCUUGGCUUGCUGGUCUUACAUAUAGUCCCAUGCUCGGCGCAAUGUAUGACCGCUUCAUAUCCUUGUUUGAUAAACCAACAGAAUACAAAGCGCACAACCACUCUGCCAACUACACUCUAGAUGCAUAUCCGUCGACUAUCACUGCCGAACAAAUGGAAACGUCCCUGUAUGAUAUUAUGUCACAGUCCCACGACCUCUUAACUUCCAUACUGGGCCACGGCCAUGCGGGUGGCAUUUAUGCGUGUGAUCAUUUGAACAACAGCAAUAACCUCUUAUAUCCCAAUAACCCAGGUGCCUGUUUUGACUUGUUGGCUGAAAUAUUGCAGAGACUCAGCCAGCAACUCAGCUUCCUAUACUACCAGUGUACGUAUCCGAUGGAGCUGGGCGGGUGGUCCGACUGCCACUACGGCCGCAAUGUAUCCGGCUAUCACUGGCAGUGUAACACUACCCAAUGCCCUGACCAAACAUGUAACCAAAGUACUAACCAAAACGGUAACCAACGUGCCAACCAAAAAGGUGACCAACCAUUCCUACUUAGAAGACGGGUUGCCUGGGUUUAUGCCACAUCCAUUCAGCAAAACCGGUUGCCAAAUUUCCUGUCAGAUGCCUAA